UUCCUCCUAGGACUUCAUGUUUUCCCCACAUUUGUAAUAUAUGAACUCACAGUCUUACUAUUCCUUACGUUCUCUGUGGUCAUAAUGAAGUUUGUCUUGGCAGUGCUUGUGCUUUCUCUGAUUCUUCCAAAGACCAGCCAGUAUAUCAAGUGGAUUGUCUCAGCAGGACUGGCACAAGUCAGUGAAUUCUCUUUUGUUCUGGGAAGUAGAGCACGAAGAGCAGGGAUCAUCUCUCGAGAGGUCUAUCUUCUUAUUCUGAGUGUGACUACUCUAAGCCUUUUACUUGCCCCUGCCCUGUGGAGAGCUGCUAUUAUGAAAUGUGUUCCGAGACCUGAAAGACGCUCAAGUACUUGAUUAAGACUUGGACGUGUACAAGAAUGCAUCUCCUUGCAAGGAAUAUCUUCGUUGCUCAUUGUAUUUCUAUGCACUCAGAAAACAAGAGGUUUUGAGUAGUUAGUCCUCUUAAUGUGCACUUGGUUAUAAGCCUUAUACUGACCUUGAAACAAUACAAAAUUCAACAUUAAAAAAUAGUUAUGUAAUUUGUAUUGCACACCCUUUACAAAAUUUACUUUCUCUCUGAUGGAUUAGAAUCUGCCAGAUUGUUCCUGAUCCAAUCAAAUAUUCGGAGCAUAAAUUAUUCUUUUUAAAAUACAGCAUCAUGGAAACU